UCGUUCCCAGAUAGCGGCAUCGAUGCAGGAGUAUUCUACGCAUACGUGCAUCAAAUGGGUACCGAAAACGAGUAACGACGUUAAUUACGUUUAUAUUUUUCCUGAUAGAGGAUGCUACUCUAUGAAGGGUAUCAUCAUUCAUGAACUCAUGCAUGCCGUCGGAUUUUUUCACGAGCAGAGUCGAACCGAUCGGGACGAUUACAUCACCAUUCUGUGGAACAACAUACAACCUGGAAUGCAAGGACAGUUCGAAAAGUACGGACAGGGGACCAUCCAGACACUGGGCGUGAACUAUGACUAUUCGUCCAUAAUGCAUUACGGUAGCAAGGCAUUUUCGCGCAACGGCCAGCCCACCAUGGUUCCGAAGCAGAAAGGGGCCCAGAUAGGACAGCGAGGCGGCUUCUCAAAGUCGGAUAUUUACAAAUUGAAUAAACUCUACGGAUGUCCACAAGGUCUAAUCCGUUCUACGAUAAAUCACACAUUACUAAUAUGUUCACAUUCCUGUGGUUCUUUCAAAGAUGGAGCUAAACCUGAAAGUACGACAGCUACAGCAACCACUACGGUAACCACCCCAGAGAUCAAGACAACAACACCGGCAGUGGUUACCACUACCCCACCACCCACUACAACUACUCCUGUACUUACACCUAUCACCUUACCUGCUUCGGUGUGUAGGAAUCUACGAGGAGAUUGUGAUGCUCUUCGAGAUGAUGGUGAGUUCGACCGAACAUAUUUGGUUGGGUUAAGCUCGAAUCUACUAAGGCCAUCAUACAAUACCUUCAGUUCAGGCUGGUGUAUGCGAAAUCCUGGCUGGAUGAAGGCGCACUGUCCUAUCUCAUGUGGUUUCUGCGAGAACAAGCCAAGUAGAGCUGUGUUUGUUGUUGUUACCUUACGUCUCACUUGUUAUAGGUACUGUAGGAUCUCUGAGAGCUUCAUGAAGAAGUACUGCGCAAAAAGCUGCGGCUUUUGUUUCAAACCACCACCAACCGAUGCUACAAAAGCAGGCACAGCUCUACCUAUAUGGACAACGAAUCCACCUUUUAUCACUUUUUGGAGGACAUCUACACCAACACCAAGCUCGAAGCCUACAUCACUUUCGACGCUCGAGCCUUCAACUUCACGAACAUGCAAAGAUGUAAAACACUUCUGUCAUCAUUGGAAGAUGGCCGGAUUCUGCGAAGGAAUCUUCAUGGAUUACAUGAAGAAGAAUUGUGCUGAGUCGUGUGGAACGUGCUAG